AUGUCAGACGGUAUAUUGCCAUCAACUGAAGAACCAAAAGGUUCUAAUAUCGGUUACAUUCCUCCCCCACGUAUCUUGGGACUCCCAGACAGCCUCCGCAACCAUCUCAUUGCCGUAAUUGGCGAGUUUGUCGGUACCUUUCUCUUUCUUCUCUUUGCCUUCUUUAUUGCCCAGAUUGCCAACCAAGAUAAGACUAUUGAAUCUCCUAAUUCAAACCCAGCACAACUCAUUAUGAUUUCCUUUGGCUUUGGCUUUGGUGUCAUGGUCAAUGUCUUUAUCUUCUUUAGAAUCUCUGGCGGUCAACUUAACCCAGCUGUUACUCUCACCCUCAUGCUUGUUCGUGCAAUUACACCAACCCGUGCUGUUCUUUUGUGGAUCACUCAAAUGACUGCUGGUAUGGCUGCCGCUGGUGCUGUUUCUGCAAUGACUCCUGGACCCAUUGCCUUUGCCAAUGGUCUUGGAGGUGGUGCUUCUCGUACUCAAGGUCUUUUCAUUGAAAUGUUUGGUACUGCUAUGCUCUGUAUUACUGUUCUCUUUAUGGCUGUUGAAAAACACCGUGCUACCUUUAUGGCUCCAAUGGUCAUUGGCUUUUCUCUCUUUAUUGGACAUUUGCUUGCCGUCUUUUACACUGGUGCCGGUCUUAAUCCUGCCCGUUCAUUUGGCCCAUGCAUUGCUAAGCGUGAGUUCCCUAAUUACCACUGGAUUUACUGGGUCGGCCCCAUUCUUGGAUCUGGCUUUUCAGCCCUUUUGCAUUACAUUCUCAAGUAUCUCAAUUAUGAAACUGCCAACCCUGGCCAGGAUGCUGAGUACUAA